AAACUUCUUCCAUUUCACAUACACAAAGCUCACUUAACAAUCUAAGAACCAGGCGACCUUACUCACAACAAGAUCCAUCUCUGAAAUUUUUGGACGUGAACCUUCCUCCAAUUGAGACGAUGUCCAUAAACAAUAUGAACUUCUGCACCCCAAUGACGAUGAGCACGGUCGGCACAUUUGACCGAAGAAAUGAUCCUUCUUUCGUCCAAAGUUUAUCGCGACCCGCAAACUCUUCUCGCAGGACUGGUCCUUGGGAACCUCAUGAGGACGAAAGACUGUUGGCAAUUGUCUCAGAGUUAGGAGUUAAACAUUGGAAAUUGAUCGGCAUCAGGCACGGCCUAAGGGAUGGGAAGCAAUGUCGCGAAAGAUGGCACAAUCACCUCAACCCUGACCUGAAAUAUGGUCCGCUCACCGCCGAAGAAGACUCGAAAAUAAUCGAAUACCACUCUAAGAUGGGCACAAAGUGGGCGGUGAUGAGUCAAAUGCUGAACCGACCUGCCAAUCUAAUAAAAAACAGAUUUUAUUCCUCUUUGUCAAAGAAGCGCGAUUUCUCACAGGUUGAAAAUAUUGACGGCGAAAACGAGCGAUCGUCAUCACCUUCCAUUUCUAGUUCCGGCGCUCCGAUAUCAUCGAUGAUAAAUUCUCCGGUAUUGUCACAAUUGAAUGCUCUCCCUUCAUCUGAACUUUCAAACUCGAAUUCCUGCACCUUCGCGAGUCCCUCCAAAAGGAUUAAGUUUUACCAUGAAAAUAGUCCAAAUCCGGACGUGCCCAGAUCCAAAUAUGAACUCAUCUCCAAACGAAAGAGGCAAUUCAAAUCUGCCACACAAGAAGAUUGUACCACCACCAACACAUCGGGAAAUUCCGUAGAACUGUGGAUACGCCAAGAACAGAUGUACCGUGCACAAAUAAAUUCGUGGCACGAUUUACGAACCCCCGCAACAAGUCCAGAUAGAAACAAGCCAAACGAAUUUUCUUGUCCAGAAUGUCAACCAUAUUACCCCAACCGACGGUGUCAUCAUGACAACGAUCGUCACCAACGUCAUCAAGAGGAUAGCUACUUUAAUAAUGAGUACUCACACCGUCGGGAAAAUCGCUUUGCCAACGAAUGUCAUAAUCACCAUCGCAGCCCGCAACAAUAUCAAAGCCGGCGGCAUCUCGAGAGCUCCUGUGACAAGUACCAACGACAGCAGAACCAACCCUGUCACACGUGUACCAAUGACGAUUCAAUUCCGACCCCGACCUACACUCCAAUAUCGUCUCCCAGACCCAUCAGGCACCAUUAUCGUUCAAGUGCAUUGGAGCAACUGGCCGACUUGGCCAUCAUGAAUUCAUGGUAUGCAAUCAAUCUUGACAUUGUUCUUUUAACUAAAAUUUUCAACCUCAUAUUCACCCAAUUUCAACGUCGUGUAGUGACUGUCGAACGCACAAAGAUCGAAAUAACAUAA